AUGUCGGACCAAAUUCCUUUCUAUAUCCAAGAGGAGAUCAUGAAAAAGCUUCCUGUCAAAUCACUAGUUCAGUUUAGAUCUGUCUGCAACGAAUGGAAGAGUUUCAUCGACAGCUCUAAGUUUAUUGCUGCUCACUGCGUUACUCAGCCGCAGAAUCUGCUUUUAAGCUACGAAGAUCCGGUAGAAAAAUCGGAAAAAUGUGUUUCUUUUAUGGAUGAUGACACUUUCCCUCAACAGAGGUUCGUUCAUACCCUUCCCAUGUCCGUUAAACUCCUCAUAGGCUCAACCAUAGUCGGUAGCUCUUAUGGAUUGUUAUGCUUCCGUGGUCAUUGUGGGAAACGCGAGGAUCUCUGGACGAAAUUGGAAACGGAGACUGUUGUUCUGUGGAAUCCUUUGAUUAGAAAGACAAUUACUAUUCCUAUGCCUAACAAGUUUAAUAAGGACCAUGAAACUGAUCUUGGUUUUGGGGUUUGCCCUGUUACUAUUGACCUUAAGAUCGUUGAGAUCACGCAAUUUCACAAAACAAGCUACAAUUGUGAAGCUAAAGUUUAUACUGUGAGCUCAGGCAAAUGGAGAAGUCUAUCUAGCAAUGUUCCGAGUAAACAGUUUCGUGUCUUCUGGGCUCAAGUGGUUGUUGAUAGGUUUAUUUAUUGGUGUGCUUUUGACCCUACGACUAUAGAUAACGAGUUACCAAAUCAUAAUUUUAUAAUGUCAUUUGACAUAACUAAUGAGAAUUUUGGAGUGGUAGAACUCCCAGAUUGUUUAAGGCGCCACUCUCCCUCUUAG